AUGCUACUUAUCACCACAGUAUACAACAUCUAUUACUCGCUCGUCAGCAGUAUUACCGAUAUUGCUUUCCACAUGGACGAGUACGGCUACUUUAUAUUCAGCAAAAACUUGUGGAGCCUUGGGUAUUGGCCGGCGCAGAUUGGGGGUUUGCCAACACAAGCUCGAAACAACAUCACUCGCGGCUAUAUGCUGUCUACGUACAAUAUUACGAUCGACGAUUUGGCGUAUAUUGGCGGCACUUACAAGGCUCGUAACCCCACCACCGGCGAGAUGCAGUACUUCUACAACUUGAUGGCGGGCCCCUUCAUCUGCACGGUGAUCCAAUUCGCGUUCUACUUCAUCGUCUGCUACUUUGGCAUGAAACUGUUCAGCUUCGCUUACCGGAAGCGCAUUCUCAGCUAUAUCGGCUUCAGAAGCGAGCGUGUCUCCACCACUGCGAUUUCAAAAGAGCAAAAAGCCAGCUCGGCAGCGAUGGAAAUACCGAAGAUUACUGUGGCCAAAGCA